GACACGCUCCUCGCCAAAUUCAGUUCCGCCCCAUCCCACUCCAAAGAUAAAGAAGCCACCGUCCCGACCAGUGACAACGACGCGGACGACGAGCCCGCCAUGCCGACCUCGAACGUCGACCUCGACGACCCGCUUUACACGAUCAACCCGCUCACGGGCUUCCUCUGCGACCGGUCUUCCGGCGAGCGCAUCAUGGACCCGGAGAUCCUCCACUCGGAGGCCAUGCUCGGCCAAGUCAUUACGUACGUGCACACGCGCAUGGAAGACGAGCUCGGCUUCGUCGCUCAGUCGAUUCCGUAUGUGGGCGCGCCAACGUCCUGCGAAUUUUACACGUCGCGCAACUGGUCCGUGGCCGAGAAGCUCCUCGUUUUCGUGUGCAGCUCCCGCGGGGCGACGUCCGGCGUCUGGAGCCGGAGUCUUCUCCUCCGCUCCGGUGUCAAUGUCGGGAGCAUGCUGCCGUACUUUGCCAAGGCCAUCGAGAAGGGCUAUGGCGUCAUUGUCAUGAACCCGAACGUCAACACUGUGCUUCAACCCGACGGCUACAAGGUCGCAAUCCCCGGCUCCGAGACGCCGGAAGAGCAUGUGCAGUUUGUGUGGGAGCACUACAUCUUUCCGUCGGCGGCCCACAAGAUUCACUUCCUCGGCUACGGCUACGGUGGCGUGCUCAUCCACAAGUUUAUCUUCAACCCCGACAUCAUGUACAACCUCCAGGCGCGCCUUGGGAACCUCGGGUUCCUCGAGUGCCAAACCACCGAGAAGUGCCCGUCCGAGCUGCAGGCGUUUGUCUCGUCGCGCUCCGUGUGCUGGGAAGCGUCCGAGACCAUACCGUUUGGCCACGAGAUCGGCCAGGGCUACUUUGGCCUCAGUCUCUCGGCCGGCCCGCGCUCGUCCAACACAAUCACGCAAACUGUCCUCUCGUCCGUCUUUCGCUUCCUCGAUGCCCCGAGUGCAUUCGAAUUCCAGCGCGCCGAGCUUCGCUGGCGUAACGUCAACGUCGUGACCAAGUUUUUACAAGCCAAGGAGGAGUCGUCUUCGAGCAAGCCGAAGCGGGAGCCCAUGACCAUUGACGACUUUGAGCUCCUUCAAGUGCUUGGGAAGGGUGCGUUUGGCAAGGUCAUUCUGGUCCGGAAGCGCGUCGGUGGCGGCAUUUACGCUGUCAAGGUACUCAAGAAGCAACACGUCGUCGCCAAGAACCAAGUCGAGCACACCAAGACCGAACGCAAAGUCCUCCAAGACAUUGACCACCCGUUCGUCGUGCGUCUUCGGUACGCGUUCCAGAACGCCGGCAAGCUGUACCUUGUCAUGGACUACUACUCUGGCGGCACCCUCUUCCAGCUCCUCCGCACCCAGCGGCACUUCAAAGAGCAUCAAGCGAAGCUCUACGGCGCCCAACUCGUCCUCGCGCUCACGCACCUGCACACGCUGCACAUUGUGUACCGAGACUUGAAGCUUGAAAACAUCUUGAUGGAUGGCGACGGCUUUAUCGCGCUUGCCGACUUUGGCUUGAGCCGCGAGCACGUCAAGGCCGCGGACGACGCUACGACGUUCUGCGGUACGCCCGAAUACCUCGCACCCGAGAUCCUCCAGCGCAAGAGCUACGGCAAAGCGGUCGACUGGUGGAGCUUUGGUGUCGUCAUGUUCGAGAUGCUCAGCGGUUCGACCCCGUUCUACCACCCGAACCGCAAGCAGAAUUUCCACAACAUUUUACACGAGCGCCUCGACGUGAGCUCCAAACAUUUUUCCGACGACGCGCGCUCGCUGCUCCGUGGUCUCAUGACGCGCGACCCGAGCAUGCGUCUCGGCUUCCGCGGCGGGAAAGAGAUCAUGGCGCACCCCUUCUUUGCGGACGUCCAGUGGGAAAAGCUGUAUCGUCGCCAAAUCCGCCCGCCCUUCGUGCCGCGAGCCAAUGCUACGACUGGCAGCCGCCUGGACAAGCUCACGGUCGAGUCAGUCGUGAACGACGCGGCUUUUCCGGGUGCCGAGACCUUUGCCGAUUUCACGUACCGCCAAACCGACAACUUUAGUGAUGCGUAGACCAGUUUGUCGUGUAUUUAAUGGAAUUCCUGUUGCCAUAAUGUUGUCCACGUCGGUGCCAACAACUGGCAACGCUUCACGUUCAUAUAUUUGCAUCAGAGC